GCCGCGUGCGCCCCUCCCCCGGUCCUGCCCGCUCGGAGCCCGUCCGCCGCCCGCAGCCAUGGUGCAGGCCUGGUACAUGGACGAGACCGCCGACGACCCGCGGCUGCCCCACCGCCUCCAGCCCAGCCGCACGGUGGGCCUGGAGCAGCUGCGCCAGCUCGGGGUGCUCUACUGGAAGCUGGAUGCCGACAAAUAUGAGAAUGAUCCCGAGCUGGAAGAGAUCCGGAGAGAGAGAAACUACUCCUGGAUGGACAUCAUCACCAUUUCCACAGAUAAGCUGCCCGACUACGAGGAGAAGCUGAAGAUGUUCUACGAGGAGCACCUGCACCUGGACGAGGAGAUCCGCUACAUCCUGGAGGGCAGCGGGUACUUUGACGUCAGAGACAAGGAGGACAAGUGGAUCCGGAUUGCCAUGGAGAAGGGGGACCUGAUCACGCUCCCUGCAGGCAUUUACCACCGCUUCACGCUGGACGAGAAGAACUAUGUGAAGGCCAUGCGGCUGUUCGUGGGAGAGCCUGUGUGGACGGCGUACAACCGGCCGGCUGACCAUUUUGACGCCCGGGAGCAGUACGUGAAGUUUCUGGCACAGUCGGCCUAGCCAUGCCCCCAGGAGCAGCAGCGCCUUGUGAAGGCCUUGAAUGCUGGAAUCGAGCAGGAAAUCCUGCGUUUUCUCUUAGCUGUUGUGAUGUCGCCUGAGGCUACUUUGUCUUUCCCUCCAGAGAACGUUUAGUGAUAAAAGGAGCUAUUUCUACCUGGUGGUGGUGGUGCGCGGCCCGAGUGUCACCUCCCAAAGUGAACGCACAGGGGCUCUGUCUGCCUCGUAAAGAGGAGCAGCAGUGCGUGGCGUGAUCGCCAGGCAGCAGGCCGGGCCUUGGCUGGGCGGCCUCUCCCGUCGGCAGGCAGCCUCUGGGUUGCUCAUGCCUCUGACCUUCCAGAGGAGAGCAGCCGAGGCGGGUGUUGGCAGCGUUGACACCGCGUAGGAUGCCCGCCUCCUUGGGUCCAAGACCUGGCUGCCCUCCCGAUUCUAACUUCCUGCUGAUGUGCACCUGGGGGCAGUGGUGAUGGCUCAGGGUGGGGUCCCUGCCAACCACAGGGACACCUGGCUUGGGCCCCUGGCCCCUGGCUGUUCUGCACACUUUGGGAGUAAAUCAACAGAUGGGGCUUGUUUCUUUGUCUCUCUCUGCCUCUCAAAUAAAUAACUACAAUAAAACAAAUUUAAAAAUAAAGUAAUAAAUAAUAAAGUAACUGCCUUAAUUUUA